AUGUCCGCCUUUGCUCCCAGCGCGUCAGCCGACUCUAAAGGCCCAAGCGAGUUUGAGUUUCAGCGAUCGGAGCUCGUCCGCGAAAUCGCUCUUAGCAUGGAGUCCGCCCUUCAGAAUAUCAACCGGUUAAAUCGAAAUCUCGAGAGUAUUAUCGCGGUUGGAAACGAGUUUGGCUCCGUCGAGGCAUUAUGGAGCCAGUUUGAGCAUUUCAUGGGCCCUGAAGACGAACAGGAUGGGAAUCACAACGGGCAAGAAGACGAAGGGGAGGGAAACACUCAGGCGACAGAGGAUGAUGAGACCAUGACGGAAAACAAGUAA